AUGCAUGCUCUCUUCUCCAAGCUAACAGCAGGCGACAUACCUGUAUUUAGAGUUAUAACGGCAGAAUGUCCCCCAGAAAAUUUGAUUAAACCUUGCAACUGCGUAGAUAUGCCGUUCACACUAGUUGAAUGCGGUGGAAUUACAGAAAUGGAAACGCUGGUUCGUGUUUUCGAAAGAACGGCGGACCGAAAAUUUCAUUCUUUCGCGCUUCAUAAUUCCACAUUGCAGUUUCUCCCUGCUUCGGCAAUAAGUGCCAAGCAAUUCGAGCAAAUUUUGCUGGUGAAUGUGACAAUGACUGCUAUGUUCGAUAAGCGCCCAGACCCCUCUAACAAUAUAAGUAUGAUAACAAUCAUGCAAUCUAAACUACUAAGAGGAGUCGGUUGGGAGAAUUUUGGAAAUUUGAAGAAACUUCAAACUAUCGCGAUUCAUGACACAGAAGUUAAAAGUUUGGGAAAGUCUUUCGUUGAUAAUGUAAGAGACUCUCUCCGGAGGUUUCAUCUGUAUGAUUCUCGGGUGCGCAAACUGCAGUACAACGUAUUCUCCCACUUAACUGCUCUGUACGAUUUACAAGUGCAAAAUGCAGACAUAAAAUCGUUGAAAAGGACUUUGUUUUCAACACCAACUGCGGAAUGUCCGCCAGAAGCGUUGAUUAAACCUUGCCUUUGCGAAAAUAUACCUUUCCCCCUGGUUGAAUGCGGUGGAAUUACUGAAAUGGAAACAUUAGUUCGUGUUUUCGAAAGAACGGCGGAUCGAAAAUUUCAUUCUUUUGCACUCCACGAUUCCACACUGCAAUUUCUUCCAGCUUCGGCAAUAAGUGCCAAGAAAUUCGAACAACUUUUGUUGGUGAAUGUGACAAUGACUGCUAUGUUCGACAAGCGCCCAGACCCCUCUAACAAUAUAAGUAUGAUAACAAUCAUGCAUUCUAAAUUCUUAAGAGGUAUAGGAUGGGAGAAUUUCGGAAAUUUGAAGAAGCUUAAAAUCAUUUCGAUUCACGACACAGAAGUUAAAAGUUUGGGAAAGUCUUUCGUUGAUAAUGUAAGUGACUCUCUCCGGAGGUUUCAUCUGUAUGAUUCUCGAAUACGCAAACUGCAGUACAACGCAUUCUCCCACUUAACUGCUCUGUACGAUUUACAAGUGCAAAAUGCAGACAUAAAAUCCUUGAGAAGUGAUAAUCAGAUCGAAACCUUACCCGACGAUUUGUUUACAAAAAUGCCUCAUUUAGAAUACAUCAACCUGUCUGGUAACAAGAUUUCAACAAUAUCCCAAGCGGUUUUUGGAGAUGUGUAUAACACUAUUAAGGAAUUAAAAAUGGAAAAUAAUCCAGUGGUGUGCGAUUGCAGUCUGCGGUGGUACAUGUCCAGAUAUCGAGGAACAUUGAAAGGAAACUGCGCAGCCCCAGAAGACAGAAAAGGGAAACCGUUUCAGAAUCUGACUCCAAAAGAUUUCUCAUACUGUACAUGA